CCCCGCCCCCCGCCGGGCCCCGCCCCGCAGGCUCGCCGCCGCCAUCUUUGUUAGGGGCAGCUGGGCCUGGCGUCUAGAGAUGCCGAAGUCGUGCGCGGCCCGGCAGUGCUGCAACCGCUACAGCAGCCGCAGGAAGCAGCUCACCUUCCACCGGUUCCCGUUCAGCCGCCCAGAGCUGCUGAAGGAAUGGGUGCUGAACAUCGGCCGGGGCAACUUCAAGCCCAAGCAGCACACGGUCAUCUGCUCCGAGCACUUCCGACCCGAGUGCUUCAGCGCCUUUGGAAACCGCAAAAACCUGAAGCAGAAUGCCGUGCCCACGGUGUUCGCCUUUCAGGAUGCCGCGCAGCUGGUGAGGCAGAACGCAGACCCGGCCGGCGGGGGUGCACACGUGGACUCCUACAAGGAGGAGGUCGUGCCCGAGGCGGGGCCGGCAGAGUGCGGCCCGGGGAGAAGGACUGCCAGUGCCCUCGAAGCGCUGCCCCCGAGCACUGGCGGCGCCACGGAGCAGGGCUUGCCGCAGAGACCGCAGGGAACCCCGGCCCCCGGUCCGCCGGCCAGCCCCACACAGCCGUCCGACCACAGCUACGCCCUCCUGGACCUAGAUGCCCUAAAAACAAAACUCUUCCUGACCCUGAAGGAGAACGAAAAGCUCCGAAAGCGCCUGAAGGCCCAGAGGCUGGUGAUGCAGAGGAUGUCCGGCCGCCUCCGCGCCCACCGAGCGGGGCAGCCGCGAGCGCCGAGCCGAGCCGGGCGGCCAGGCUUCCCUGUCAGCGCCUCUGGGGCUCGGGCCGUGGCCGCUGAAGCGACAGUGAGGCAGGCCAGGCCCACCCCCAGCCACCUCAGGGGAGGUGUAGCCGCGCCGGCCCGGGACAGGAGCGGGACGGUGGGCAGGACAGACUCGGUCCUCCCGGAGGGGCCGGGGCCCAACUGUCCUUCCAACGAAAGCUGGGCGGGGGUCUUCAGCACCACAGCGUGAGGAGGCGUCCUGAGCCGAGGGGGGUGGAGUGCGUUUCCCGAGGGGCGGCGGGGCCCAGGGAAGGACACGAGAGGGGGUGACGGCGCGGUGGCUGAGACUGGCCUCUGUUCUGAGGCGGGCCUCCCGGGGCCUGGCGUGAGUGAUGGACAGAAUAAAGUGUCUUCCUACGCUGCAGGUUUUCCUCCUUUAUUUAUAAACUCGGACAGGGGUCCCGUGUUUCUCGGAGUUUGUUACACCAUUUGCUUUUACAAAAGACCUGCAUUAGUACCUGCUUUCGCUAACCCAAGGAAAUCGGAGGGGGGUUUUCACUUUUAUGACAAAAGGCGUAAAGCAGAAGAUGCAGUCGGUGAGGAUUCUGUUCCCCGGGAACUAGGCGUCUGCGCCUCUGGGCUUCAGCUCCGUUUUAUGCAGCCCUUGGUAAGAUGUGUCCGAAGGUUUCUGAAAAACUUGAGAGGUGAUUUUUUUGGAUCUGGGAACACUCAGACCAAACCAAACCAAACCAAAUGACACCACACGACCUCCAGGAAAACAAGGAUCCUAGCCUAAGUCAUCUCCUGACUCUGGACUCCUGUUCCUCAGGCAGAGGUCUAAUGUGGAAAACUGAACCACGGCUUCCAGUUCAGCCUC